AUGGAUGCAAAAGGAGAACUUCCUGCCUACUGUGACACCACCUACAGCAGAGGCUAUAUAAGUGCUUCAAAGAGGAAAAAGCCAAGAGGCUUGGAAUUUAGAACCAGUCGUGGUUGCCUUGAGCUUUGGAUCCCGGAGACCACAGACUUUGAAAUCAACCAAAUCUGGGCACACACUCUGGAUACCAAGGGCUGUACAACAACUAUGUCUUCCACAACACCUUGCCAAAGCUGUUCUGGGAUUACAGAUUUAACAACCAUCCUUCCUAACACCAGCUGCCAGCAUGGUGGUCUUAAAGCCAAUAGCUGUCAACCAACCGGCCAUGUUCUGAGAACUCUCCAGUCCCAGGACUACGAACCCACUCCUUGCUUUUCUCUCACACCCCUCUGCUUAAUCAACAACUUCAACACCUGUCCCUUUCUGGAUGAUUGUGGCUGGUGUGAUGGUGGCAUCAACAGUAAUGAGAAAGAGACCAUGAAAAUCUUGAACAAUCGCCUUACUAACUACCUGGAAAAGGUACGAAUGCUGGAACGAGAGAACGCCACACUGGAGUGCAAAAUCCAGGAAGAAUGUAACAAAGAACUCCCGGUCAUAUGUCCUGACUACCUGUCCUACUAUGCAACCAUUGAGGAGCUCCAGCAAAAGAUCUUGUGUACCAAGGCUGAGAAUUCCAGACUGGUUUCACAAAUUGACAACACCAAACUGACUGCUGAUGACUUGAGAGCCAAGUAUGAAGCUGAGGUGUCCCUACGCCAGCUAGUGGAGGCAGAUGCCAAUGGCCUACAGCAGAUCCUGAAUGCACUGACGCUGGGCAAGGCUGACCUGGAGGCACAAGUCCAGUCUCUGAAAGAGGAGCUCCUUUGCCUCAAAAACGACCAUGAACAGGAAAUCAGUUCCUUACAGAGCCAGCUUGGGGACAGACUCAACAUUGAAGUGACCAGUGCCCCGUCUGUUGACCUAAACCGGGUUCUACGAGAAAUGAGAUGUCAGUAUGAGUCGAUCAUGGAGACAAACCACAAAGAUGUAGAAGAGUGGUUCAACACACAGAUGGAGGAGCUGAACCAGCAGGUGGUGACCAGCACUCAACAACAGCAGUGCUACCAGAAGGAGAUCAUUGAACUGAGACGCACCAUGAAUGCUCUGGAGAUUGAACUGCACGCCCAGCACCGCAUGAGAGACUCCCAGGAAUGUGCCCUGACAGAAACGGAAGCCCGCUACGCAGUCUUGCUGGCCCAGAUCCAGUGUCUGAUCGAUAACCUAGAGGCUCAGCUGGCAGAGAUCCGGGGGGCCCUGGAAAGACAGAACCAAGAAUACGAGAUUCUGCUAGAUGUCAAGUCACAGCUGGAGUGUGAGAUUGCCACAUACCACAGCCUUCUGGAGAGCUCAGAUGGCAAGCUUCCCUGUCACUCGUGUGCCAUCAAGCAUGAGCCUUCUGCUUGCAUAUCCAGCAAGGCCAGGACCAUGGAAUGCACAGCCCCAGUUCACACAUCAUCCUUAGGCCCCUGUGGGAUACAUGAGUCCCACAGCACCUGCAGCAUCCUGCCCAGAAUUCUGGUUAAAAUCUGCACCAUCACUGAGGAGAUCAAGGAUGGGAAAGUCAUUUCUUCUCACAAGCACGUGCAGCCUUGCUUCAUCACCAGAACUGCCAAAGCCUGACGUCCCAAGGGAAUGGGCUUUAGUUCUGAUUGUUUGACAAAGGACAUGUAGCUGGAAAUCUCAAGACAUUACCCUGCUCCUCUAUCUCCCUGUGACAGGUGCCAUGAAAAAAUAACUUAGAUGCCUGCUUCAAUCUAUCAGAAUAGAGAAAUGGACUCAAUACCAACAAACCUUGCAGAGAAGUAAUCAAGAAUAAUUCCUGCUUGCAAGCAGUCCCAAUGUGAGAACGCACCAUUUAGGUACCAGCCAUUAUCAGAGCUUCUUACAGUAAGGUCUCAGACUGUUUAAAUCAGUCUGUACAAAAUUUUUUUUACCUUUCCAGAAGUUUCAGUAAAUAAUUUCAACCCAUACACAGAAUGUGAAGCCAAAAGUCCUGAAGUCCUAUACUUGCCACUUUCUAACCAUGACUCUGGCAAAUCUUGAGCCGUCAUCAAAUUUAAUUCCCUUAUUUGUUAAAUGAGAUUCAUGCCUACUUCACAGGGUUGUUGUGAUGAUCAGAUGAAGUUUCUAUGUGAUGCAGUUUCUAUGUGAAGCUGCUCUGUAUGCUGAAAAG